GAGAUUACGUUUUGAUCAUCUCGCGAGACUUGCGGACAAUCUCGCCGGUUUAGUCAACAGCUGAUUGUUUAUUUCUGGAACACGCCGAUUUAGGUGUAUACUGAAUUUGAAUCACUAUUUUUUUGGUUUAUUCUUUAUUCACUUUUUCUACAAACACUAAUUAUGGCAGAGACGGAUCCGAAAUCAGUGCAGGACCUUACAGCAGUGGUGCAGACGUUGCUGCAGCAGAUGCAGGACAAAUUCCAGACCAUGUCAGAUCAAAUCAUCGGGAGAAUUGAUGAGAUGAGCACGCGCAUUGAUGACCUGGAGAAGAACAUCGCUGACCUGAUGACCCAGGCUGGGGUGGAGGAGGCAGAAGGAGAGAACAAGGCCAAAGAGGCCGAGGCCUCUUAAUGAAGGUUGCCCAGUAAUGGAGUAAAGGAAACUCUUCGAGAGCAGCAACCUUUCCCCAGUAGUGCUGCCUGCUUUGAUUUGAUGUAUUGUUGUAUAGUUCUUUUUUAUACUGACUUCAACUAAUACCAAUGGAUAUUCCUGAUAGUCUUCUCUAAUAUUUAGGCUUUUCUUUAUAGAUAGUGCAUAUCAGUUUUUUAGCCCGCUUUAAGGCCAGCCAGCUGCAUGGUUGAGGCCUGUUACUGUAAUAUGAGCACUAUCUAUGUGCCAAACAAACACAAUUCCAGUUUCAACUGAGUUUGUGCUAUUAAAAUGGGUUCAUACAAAA